AUGUCUGGCAGAAAGCAAAGCAGUGAGGCAAGCGAAGCGAGCGAGGAUGACGACAUUUGGGGAAGUGAUCCUGAAGAUGAAGAAGGCGUCCAGGGACCUCAGCCAGAGUUCUAUGAUCCAGAUCUUGAUACUAAAGAUGAAGCAUGGGUGAAUCGUCAGAGGGGAGGACGCCGAUCAGAUGCCAUACUUAGCUGCCCCGGAUGCCUGACAACAAUAUGCGUGGAUUGCCAACAGCAUGCAGACAAGGAGGGCCAAUUUCGGGCUAUGUUCUGCAUCAAUCCCGCCACCUGCAGGGUGGACAAAAGCAGGACAGUAAAGAGCACGACGCCCAGCCACAGGAAAGGGAAGAGGAGGCGAAAUGAUCAAGAGCACAGCGGGCCAGAAGAGGUGUUCUAUCCUGUUGCUUGUGGAGUAUGCGAUGCACACUUGGGUGUCCAAGAUACAGAAGAGCUCUUUCAUCUUUAUCACGUUGUUGCAAGCACAGCUUGA